AUGUAUAUAUAUUGUGUGAUUGGGGCAAGCAAAGAGCUUCGUGAGCGUUGCCCAUAUAGCAAAGGAGCCAUAAUUUGGUAUGAUCAUUGCCUCUUCUUAAAGUACUUAGACGCGAACUUCUUUGGGAAAAUUGAUAACAAAAACAAGUUCUCUAUGACAAACGUCCAAGCAGUAGAGAACAAUCCCACACUAAUCAAUGAGAAAGUUCAGGAAUUGUUAAGUGGGUUAUCUAAUGAAGCCUCCGAUGCUAAUCCAAAGUUUUAUGCUACCGGUGAGGUACAACUCGACACAUUCACAACGUUAUAUGGUAUUGCUCAAUGCACAAGGGACCUCUCUAACGUUGAUUGUAAGAAAUGUCUUGAUGUUGCAAUAAGUGAAUUGCCAAAUUGUUGUGAUUCAAAACGAGGUGGGCGUGUUGUAGGUGGGAGUUGCAAUGUUGGAUUCGAACUUUACCCCAUUGUUGGUACUUAG